ACCCUCCUUUUGGCUGGGGAACGAGACCUUGAAGGUGCCUGUAGCACUUUUUGCCUUGAAUAGAAGACGGCUGUGUGAUCGCCUGAGACAGAAUAAGGAUGUCCAGAAGAAUUCGGUUGUUCUGCUGCAGGGUGGAGAAGAAACCCAGAGAUACUGUACCGAUACUGGUAUUGUGUUUCGCCAGGAAUCUUACUUUCACUGGACUUUUGGAGUAACUGAAGCGGGCUGCUUUGGAGCAGUAGAUGUUGAUACUGGAAGAUCCAUGCUUUUUGUUCCACAACUCCCUGAAAGCUAUGCAGUUUGGAUGGGAAAGAUUCAUCCCCCUGAAUUCUUCAGAAAAAAAUAUGCUGUGGAUGAAGUCCACUAUGUGAACGAGAUAUCCAGUGUCUUGGCUUCGAAGAAUCCUGCUGUGCUCCUUACUUUGCGCGGUGUUAAUACUGAUAGCGGAAAUGUCUCCAAAGAAGCUUCGUUUGAGGGAAUCAGCCAAUUUAAUGUGAACAACAAAAUCCUUCAUCCUGAAAUUGCAGAAUGUCGUGUGAUUAAGACAGACAUGGAGUUGGAAGUUCUGCGCUACACCAAUAAAAUCUCCAGUGAAGCUCAUAAAGAGGUAAUGAAGGCAGUAAAAGCAGGAAUGAAAGAAUACGAGAUGGAGAGCCUGUUCCAGCACUACUGCUAUACUCGAGGUGGCAUGCGCCACACUUCCUACACUUGCAUCUGUGGCAGUGGGGAGAACUCGUCUGUUUUGCACUACGGCCAUGCUGGAGCCCCAAAUGAUAAGACUAUUGAAGAUGGAGACUUGUGCCUGUUUGAUAUGGGAGGAGAGUAUUACUGCUACGGCUCCGACAUCACCUGCACCUUCCCUGCAAAUGGAAAGUUCACUCCUGACCAGAGGGCUAUCUAUGAAGCAGUGCUGAAGUCAUCGCGGGCUGUAAUGAACGCAGUCAAGCCAGGGGUCGCCUGGCCUGAUAUGCACCGUCUGGCUGACAGAGUCCAUCUGGAGGAGUUGACUAAAAUUGGCAUUCUGAAAGGCAAUGUAGAUGACAUGGUGAAGGUUCAUCUGGGUGCAAUAUUUAUGCCACACGGACUUGGACAUCUACUUGGAAUCGAUGUGCAUGACGUUGGAGGCUACCCAGAGGGAGUGGAGCGCAUUGACCUGCCGGGGCUCAGGAGCCUGCGCACCACCCGCAACCUGGAGCAGGGCAUGGUGCUGACCAUUGAGCCGGGCAUCUACUUCAUCGACCACCUCUUGGACCAAGCCCUCCGUGAUCCUGCGCAGUCCUGUUUCAUCAACAAUGACGUCCUGCAGCGCUUCAGAGGAUUUGGUGGGGUCCGGAUCGAGGAUGACAUCGCAGUGACAGCCAGUGGAAUGGAGCUGCUAACAUGUGUCCCACGUACUGUUGAAGAAAUAGAGGCUUUCAUGGCAGAAGGCCAAAGCAGUGCCAAGUCAUUUCACUGACUCUUCAGCCAAAAGCAGUAAACUUCAGGAUGAUAAUUACUGUCUCACACAAAUCAGUCAUUGUUCUGAUUUAAUGCUGCGUCGUAUAAAAUAAAAAUGCAUCUAAUUCUUAAUAGCAAGAGAGGCAGGCAGGCUAUUAGCUGGAAUGAUUCAUUAAUUAAAAAUGAAGGUAGAAGGCUUCACCACUUGAUAUCCAGGUAACUCAAAUGCUGCUUGCAAUCAGCAGUUUACAUUACCAAGUGCCACCUGCAUAACCCUGCU